AUGGCACUGGCCUACGCCACCAGUGGCUAUGGAGGUCGUGGGGGUUAUGGUGGUGGCUAUGGAGGCUAUAGCCGAGGCUAUGGUGGCGGUCAUGGAGGGUACGGUGGUUGGGGUGGCAGUGGAUACGGUAAUCGAGGAUAUGGAGGACAUGGAGGCUCCAGUUAUGUAUCAUCCUUAGGACACGGAGGUGGAUAUUCAUCAUCCAUAGGACAUGGAGGUUAUGGAGGCUAUGGUGGUUACGGCGGUUAUGGUGGUGGACAUGGAGGUUACGGUAGCUCCAGAAUUGUAUCGAGCGGUUAUGGUGGACAUGGAGGCUAUGGCGGUGGUUACGGGGGUUAUGGAGGCCAUGGAGGUUAUGGUGGCAAUUACGGCACUUAUAGUGGCUAUAGAAGUGGUUAUGGCGGUGGUUAUGGUGGUGGUCAUGGAGGCAAAUGGUAA